AACUGUAAAUUUUACUCUGAACCUAGAAGGCAGAUGGAGAUCGUAGAUAUCGAAGAAAAUCUUAACGCGCAACUCAAAAAGGAUUAUGAAGCUCAAAAAGAUGGUUUCGUGCAGGUCGGAGAACGAAAAUGGUUCUACCCCUGGAGAUAUAGAAAGACUGCAGAAGAAUUGAAAAACUUCGAGGUUAGGCCUGACGAUAUAUGGAUCACAGGAUUUCCACGAUCAGGUACAACUCUGACGGAGGAAAUUGUAUGGCUACUUAGUCACGAUUUGGAUUUUGAUAAAGCGAGGGAUGUUGAAUUGUCAAUACGUGUGAAGUUUUUCGAAUUAGAUAUUGUCAUAAACGAAAAGGUGGAAAAAGAGACGAUUGAACAGUUUCCAGAAGAAGCAGCAAACUUCGCUAGACGGAGAAACAUUUUGAAUUCCUUAAGGGAAGCCAAAACUAGGAGAGUCAUAAAGACUCAUUUACCCUUCGAACUAUUACCUGAUGACAUAUUCAAAAAAGGAUGUAAGGUCAUUUACGUGUGUAGAUACCCCAAAGAUGUUUGCGUCUCAUAUUAUUUCCUGCAGUCGAAUAACAACAUGAUGAAGUUCCGUGGAGGAUUCGAAAAGUACUGGAGAUACUUCAAGGAUGGUUACUGUACAUUUGGACCAUAUUUUGAGCACGUAGAACAAGGAUUCAAGCUGAUUGGGUCUAAAAAUUUCGAAUUCGUUUUUUAUGAAGAUUUUAAAACGAAUAUAGAAGCUUAUAUCAAGAAAUUGUCCGAAUUAUUAGAAAUAACUAUAUCUGAAGAGGAAUUGGAGAAAUUUAAAGAGUACAUGGAUUUGGACAAUUUUCGAAAAGUGACCAAAACAUUCAUGAAGACUGAUAAUAAUGAACCUUUAACUGACUUCGUAAGAAGAGGAAAGGUUGAUGGAUGGAGAGACCAUUUUACUGAGCAGAUGAAUAAGGAGGCUGACGCUUGGAUUCAGAUGCACACCGAAAAGAUCGGCAUCAAAUAUCCCCAGCAGAAGAAACUUGGAAAAGUUGGCGAAAUGACUGACAAUUUGAAAUAUCCUUUCACUUUCGAAGAGCUCAAAGGGGAAGAGAAGGAACUAGCAGAGAAAUAUUUGGAACGAGAGAUAUUGAGAGUUUCUGGCACCAGAUACACUGCUGUGACGCCGAUUAAAAAGUAUGGAGCAGAACUUUAUAAUUUCAAACCAAGACCCGAUGAUAUUUGGUUGCUUGGAUACCCUAGGUCGGGUACUACUAUGAUGCAAGAAAUUGUAUAUCUACUCGGAACUGAUCUAGACUACCAGAAAGCAGCAGCAAAUAUAAUGGACUUCAGAUUCCCUUACUUAGAGAGUGCCAUGUUGAGGCUAGAUGAUUGGGAAGGAAUAUACGAUCGUAUGGUGAAAGAGAACCGGGAACCAAUAACCCAAGAAGAGUUGGAAGCAAUACCGCCCCAUAAACGACUGCAGAAAUGGACUGAAAAAAGAUUCAUAAAGAGCCAUUUGAACUUCGCUUUCCUGCAUCCUGAUCUCUUGAACGUAGGCUGUAAGGUUGUCUAUAUUGUUCGUAACAUAAAAGACUGCUUCCUCUCGAACUAUUUCUUUCCCUUGAAGAAUGAAUUCGAAAAAAGGAAGAAUGAACAUUUACUCGAGAUGCUGCGAGUGUACAAAAAGGAUUUAAGUUUAUGGGGAAACUACUUUGAAGGUCUAAGAGAAGCUUGGGAAAAAAGAAACAAUAAAAACAUGCUAUUUUUGUUCUACGAAGAAGUCAUCGCUGAUAAGAAAGCUUCCAUAAAGAAAAUAGCGGAAUUUUUGGGUAAGGAGCUUACGGAAGAUGAAUUGGAUAAGUUGGUCGAUCACGUCAGUCUGGAAAAUUUCAAGAAAAACAAAUCCGUAAACAACGAUCACCUCGUGAAAGCAGGAUUGUUCGUGAAAAACGAGAAUUUCUCAUUCAUAAGAAAGGGAGGUAGCGGUGGUUGGAGGUCGAAAUUCAGCAAGGAAAUGAACGAGGAAUUCGAUGAGUGGAUCAUGAAGAAUUUGAAGGCAAUACCUGGAUUCGAGAUCCCACAAUGCUGGAAGGAAGCCAUGGACCUAUGAAGAGAGCUGUAUCGAUAUGUCAUAUUACAAAUUGUGUAACCAACAUUAUAUUAUGAAUAAAUUUCAUAUACUCAGUU